CUCCGAUGUCCUGCAAUGCCCACACCCAACACUUCCUCCCCUGUACCCACGUUCUUCUGGGUCAACACCUCUGGAGGCAGCGCGCUGAGUGCCGACGAUGCUGGGAUGCCCGUGCAGUUCCUCGCCCUCAGGGUCACGGUUGCUUUGGCCUACGGGAUGGUAGGGGCCAUCGGCUUGCUGGGCAAUUCGGCUGUGCUGUGGGUGCUGGGCAGCUGCGCGCGGAGAGUCCCUGGCCCACCUUCCGACACUUUCGUCUUCAACCUGGCUCUGGCGGACUUGGGGCUGGCCCUCACUCUCCCCUUCUGGGCGGCAGAGUCAGCACUGGACUUCCACUGGCCCUUUGGAAGUGCCCUUUGCAAAGUGGUCCUGACGGCCACUGUCCUCAACAUCUACGCCAGCAUCUUCCUCAUCACAGCACUGAGUGUUGCCCGAUACUGGGUGGUGGCCAUGGCUGUGGGGCCAGGCACCCACCUCUCACUCUUCUGGGCCCGUGUGGCCACCCUGGGAGUGUGGCUGGCGGCAGCUCUGGUGACGGUGCCCACGGCCAUCUUUGGGUCUGAGGGCGAGGUGUGGGGUGUGCGCCUCUGCCUGCUGCGCUUCCCCAGCAGGUACUGGCUGGGGGCCUACCAGCUGCAGAGGGUGGUCCUGGCUUUUGUGGUGCCCUUGGGCAUCAUCUCCACCAGCUAUCUGCUGCUGCUGGCCUUCCUGCGGCGGCGGCAGAGGCGGCGGCAGGACAGCAGAGUUGUGGCCCGCUCUGUCCGUAUCCUGGUGGCCUCCUUCUUCCUCUGCUGGUUCCCCAACCAUGUGGUCACUCUCUGGGGUGUCCUGGUGAAGUUUGACCUGGCGCCCUGGAACAGCACUUUCUACACCAUCCACACCUACGUCUUCCCCGUCACCACGUGCCUGGCACACAGCAACAGCUGCCUCAACCCCGUGCUCUACUGUCUCCUGCGCAGGGAGCCGCGGCAGGCCCUGGCAGACACCUUCAGGGACUUGCGCUCAAGGCUGUGGCCCCAGGGCCCAAGCUGGGAGGAACACGUGGCCCUAAAGGAGGUAGGCAGGCAGUGGGCAGCCAGUACGCCCCAGGAGAGUGGUCCUUCUGCCAUGCUCAUGAAUGGGGACAGAGGGACACCUGGGUGAAGGGUACAG